ACAAGCGUGCCACCACGUAAAAAAAAUCCCCUCUUCCUUCAUCUUAGAAAAACUCUCCCAAUUACUAAAAAUUGAAUCAAUCAAGAGAAAGAAAAGGCAGAUUAUGGGAUUCAAAUCUCUGUUCAAGAAGAAGAAGCAGGCGAUCCCGAUCGAAACCGCCGUCGCCGCGCAGACAUUUGUGAUGGGCCCGUCCCGCUCGUCGUCCCGGGUGGAGGAUGAGCUCGAGCAGGUGUUCAAGAAAUUCGACGCGAACGGGGACGGGCACAUCUGCGCGGAGGAGCUCGGGUCCAUCAUGCGCAGCCUGGGCCACCCGGUCCCCGAGGACGAGCUCCGCAGCAUGAUCCGCGAGGUCGACUCGGACGGCGACGGCUUCAUCGACCUCCGCGAGUUCAUCGAGCUCAACACCAGCAACGUCGACAACGACGAGGCGCAGGAGAACCUCCGCCACGCCUUCGACAUAUUCGACGCCGACAAGAGCGGCGCCAUCUCCGCGGAGGAGCUCCUCAACGUCCUCCGCAGCCUCGGCGAGGAGUGCACGCUUGAUGACAGCAGGAAGAUGAUCAGCGGCGUCGACAUCGACGGCAGCGGCACCAUUGAUUUUGAGGAGUUCAAGGCCAUGAUGAUGAAGGGCGGCCGCUUCGACCUUUCCAAGUCUGAUUAAUCAAUGUUUUCUUUAGAU